AUGAUCAUUUUUGCCAUCCUCCUGGUGCCGAUGGUUCUGAAGGCCCCAACUGAGCUGACUCGAAACCUUUAUCUUCCUAAAAUUGAAAAUGGUACACUCAAAAGCAUUGAAGUAACUGGCAAUGAACCCAUUGAUACUUUGGAUCUCUCGGGCUUGGGUUUCGCGCACGUUGAUGCCAACAUAUUCGAAAAUUUGACUCGCGUCAAGAGAAUAAAUCUUGCAAAUAACGGUUUGGUCUCGCUGCCUCGAACGACUUUUUCGAAUCUGCCAAACUUGGAGCAUCUCUCGCUCGCAGAUAAUGAAAUAACCUCCUUGGAACGCGGUCAAUUCGCGGGAUUGGCUAAUUUGAAAUUCCUAAAUAUAUCGAACAACCCUAUGGAAGAAAUAUUUCCUGGGUUAUUAUACGGGCUUGGAAAAUCAACGAAUAUAUCAGUGAAGCUCCCACAUGGAAUUUCGGUAUUAUACAACUUGGCCUUCAGAGAAUUUAACGAUUUUUACCCUUUCCCGCAGUCCAUUGUUGAUGAACCCUCUCGUUCAAAUGACCAUAAUGUUAAGGGAGUAUGCAUUCGCGACGGAAUGGUAGAAAAGUUAGUCGGCCUGUGGAAUUGGGAACCUCAUUGUAGAGUUAUGCAAAAUAUUAGUCAAGCUUAUACCGGGCCACGUUUGAACUUAACUAAUUUGGGGAUAUCGAAAUUUGCUCCUGGCUGGUAUACUCUUGAUAGCUCUGAUUUCAUCAUGAUUUACCUCAACAACAACAACAUCACUUCGUCAUCUUUGGAUUUUAUGAACGGCCUCCCAUCAUUUGUUGGAGCAAUCGAUUUAUCCAAUAACAAAAUCACGAAUUUGAAGAACGGAGUAAUUUUUAACAACUGUCUCAUAAAUUUAAUCUUAGCGAACAAUUCGAUAAGCGAAAUUGAAAACGGAGCGUUGGAAAACACAAAGCUCGUAAACUUGGAGUUGGAUAAUAAUCGAGUGAAUAAUAUAGAGUUUGCAAAGACUCUACCGUCAACGCUGCAGAAUUUAGCAUUGAGUAAUAACUGCAUCAAUGAAUUAUUACCCGAUAUAUUUACCGGGCUGUCUCAGCUUUAUAGAAUCGUUCUUUCUGGUAACAACAUAACCGUUAUUAAAAGUGAAUCACUGCGUGGGCUCGACUCCGUAGGAAUAUUGGAUUUCUCAAAAAAUAAUAUCGAAAAAAUCGAAAAAGGUGCUUUUCGGGAUUUAACAUCUGUUGAAUAUUUGAACCUUGCGGGUAAUAAAUUGACUAAUUUGAAUGAAGGAACGUUCAAUGGUCUCCGACGUGUUCUGAAACUCGACCUUUCAUCGAACAAAAUUAAACAGAUUACACAUGAUUCGUUCAAUGGAUUAAUGACAAUCAAUAUACUUGGAUUGGCUUUCAACCAGAUUGAAAAUUUGGAGACUGGUAUUUUUGCUAAUUUGCCGAUAUCCCAACUAUACUUGGGAAAUAACAAAUUGAGGAAAAUAGAGAAUGGAAUUUUCGACUCGACCAUCAUCUCAAGACUGUAUCUGCAAAAUAAUUCGUUAAGCCAAAUAAAUGGAGCAGAAUUUGCUAGUAUGCAUGAACUGGAAGCUUUGGAUUUGCGGAGUAAUGGAAUCACAAGGAUCGAGAAAGAUUUUUCAAGAUACCUUGGCCAUGUGAGGGAGUUGUUUCUCUCUGAUAAUCCAAUCGACAGACUGGAAAACGGUGCUUUGUGUGGUUUACCAAAGGACUUUUCGAAAAUUUAUUUGAGUAACGUCCAACUGGAACUCUUGCAGGGUGGUGUAUUUGAAGAUGCGUAA